AUGACACUCCAUACUCCACCUGGUUCAACCCGAAACAGUGAAAGUGACGCUACAACCUUCACAAUGACGAACAUCGAAACCCUAAAGGGCAAACGCACAGCCUUCAAAAUUCGCAUGACGAAGAAUAGAAGAUGGGCCGAGAGGGAAGGUCCAAACGCCACAGCGGAGCAUAUUGAUGCCAAACUAGAAACUCUCAUCGAAAAAUUUCGAGAAUGGGAAAUCAGCAACGAGGAGCUUUACACGAUGGACUCAGCAAACUUAACCGCUCACGAAAAUGAGGCUGAUGACAUCGAGGAAAAUUUCCACUAUCUGAAAGGUUUUAUGAAAAAUCUAAUCAAUACAAAAAACGCCAGAACUCCAUCACCAUUCCUACCAGCUCAACCGCAGCAAGAUCCAGCCGCUUCUCGAAAAUCAUAUCGAAUCAAAUUGCCCGAAAUUUCACUUCCCACAUUCGCGGGCAGUUAUGACAAAUAUCGAGGGUUCAGGGACCAAUACAAUGCACGUAUUGGGAAUGAUCCAUACACCAACGAUGUUGUCAAACUACAAUAUCUGCAGAAUUGCGUAACCGGGCCAGCCGCUGAAGCUAUUGCAAACCUGGAGUAUACAGACGCCAAUUACAAGAUAGCUUGGAUGCUUCUCGACGAGAAAUUUGACAAGCCUAGGCAAGCUCUCCAACGACAUUGGCAAACCCUCUUCGACCUCUCCAAGCAGCCGCAGAAAUCCGAGAUUGAGAUCGUCAACAUCAUCAGACAACAGGCUCAAUCUCUCAAUGCCUUUGGCGAUGCAGAGGUCCUCUUGAAUGCCGUAUACACCACUCUCAUCACCAACUUACUGGACACCGAAGUAGUCUUCCAAUGGGAAACAACGAUUGAAGGUAAUGACAUACCAGAUUACAAUCUACUUCUAAAAUUCAUUGAAAAACGUGGCAUCUGUGCUCAAACGACUGGGCGUGAAACAAACAAACAAAAGACACCACAGACUCAGCCGAAGGUCUCCACGCAAAGACCAUCUUCUAGAGGUCAGAAGAUGUCCAACCACUCCAGCACCUCCAACGUUACUAGAGCCCAGACGUUCAUGACCACCAACACCAGGAAGUGUCCAGUAUGCACAGAAGUAGGCCACAGGAUAUAUGAAUGCCCUAAAUUUGACGAAAUGAACAUUCCUCAACGCGAUAAAUUAAUUCGUAACCAAAAUCGUUGUCUCAACUGUCUUUCCAAGGGACACGGUUAUGAAGAAUGUAUUUCAAACAGCCGCUGCAAGAUCUGUAAGGAGAAACAUCACACAAAAAUCCACUUUGAAAAGGCUGCGUCAUCUUCAAGGUCUGAUGCAUGA